AUGGCCGAGAAGCCAUCGCGACAGCUCAAUCGUGCCCUCCUGUCGCCCAAACAAAUACCCAUGAUGGGACGCCUGGACCAAGUUCAGAACACAUGUUUUCCGAUUCCGGAAUUCAAAAGAUGGAACAACAACGGUGAGAGAGGAUUCAUUCGCCCUGCGAAGGCACGCCUCCUGCGUCCAAGGCCACUUAAUGACUUGAGGCCUCCUCUUCUCUUUCUCUUUUGCUUCUCUCUCCAACAAGCAUCUACAGCGUCGUCACACACUACACUCUGUUGUCCCUUUCGGCCUUCGGGUCUCAUACACUCUUUGUUGGCUAUCACCCCGUCCACUCACUGAAUUGUCUAUUACCGGAUUCCAAAUUAAUGGUAAUUCCUGCUAGUACCAAUGCAUUCUCCUUCUAGCCUGGCCCUCAUCGCGUUUGCGAUUCAGUCGACCUACGCCAACCUUGGUCUACCUCCCAGAUAUGGAGCGCCAAGCGGCUCUGCUGGACUUCCAGCAUAUGGGGCCCCAGAGGAGAUUAGCUCUGUCGAAGCUCCAGUAUACUCUGCGCCUACAAUGAGCUCCUACGAGGCUCCAACGUCCGAGCCUCCAUCGUCUGAGGCUCCACCUUCUGAGCCUCCAGCACCUACGACCAGCACCUACUACGCUCCAUCGUCUGAGGCUCCAUCAUCUGAGGCUGCGCCUACGACUAGCUCCUACUACCCUCCAUCGUCUUGGGCCCCAUCAUCCGAGGCUGCGCCGUCGACUAGCUCCUACUACCCUCCAUCGUCUUGGGCUCCCUCAUCUGAGGCUGCGCCUACGACCAGCUCCUACUACCCUCCAUCGUCUUGGGCCCCAUCAUCCGAGGCUGCGCCGUCGACUAGCUCCUACUACCCUCAAUCGUCUUGGGCUCCCUCAUCUGAGGCUGCGCCUACGACCAGCUCCUACUACGCUCCGUCGUCUUGGGCUCCGUCGUCCUGGGUUCCAUCAUCUGAGGCUGCGCCUACGACUAGCUCCUACUCCGCUCCGUCGUCUUGGGCUCCGUCGUCUUGGGCUCCAUCAUCUGAGGCUGCGCCUACGACUAGCUCCUACGAGGCUCCAUCAUCUGAGGCUGCGCCUACGACCAGCUCCUACGAGGAUCUAUCGUCUUGGGCUGCGCCUACAACCAGCUCUUACGAAGGUUCAACGUCCGGGGCUCCUGCGACUACGACCAGCUCCUACGAGGCUUUAACGUUCGGGGCUCCAGCCCCAACAUACUCUGCACCUGCGAACAUCUCCGUCGAGGCUCCCAACUAUGGAACCCCAGCCCUAACGUACUCUGCGCCUGCGACUAGCUCCUACGGGACUUCAACAUACGAGGCUCCGAACUACUCUGCGCCUGCCAACAUCUCCGUUGCAGCUCCUAAAUACGGAGCUCCUCCAUACUCUGCACCGCAGCACAGCGCACCAUCUGUGUCCCUCCCAAGUGUGAGCAUGCCAGCUUACUCUGCGCCGUCUGGGUACGCUCCUGAGGGCUACGGCAAGCCACCCGUAUACACUCCUGCCACCUCCACGGUUGUUCCACAAUACACCCCGCCCGCUCACGCACCAGGCCCUCAGAACCCAGCACCAUAUGUGCCAGCAAACAGCGCUCCAGCGCCGAGCGUGCCAGCGGAGUCUCCUGCGCCGUUCCCUGUACCAACUCCCCUGUCGCCUCCCGGAUACUCGGCACCAGCCGAGUCCAGCGCGGUCACCACAGAUGUUACCGUUGUCACUUCCACCAUUUAUGAGACAAUUGUGGAGUGCAAGACCGCCCCUACAGCCAGCGGCUCUCCAAGCACAUGGACCGAGAAGUCUGUCUCUACCUACGAGACUACCUGGACCUCUACCAUCAUGCUCACUGCUGCCCAGUACAUCACCAUCUCCUACGCCAGCAGCUAUGGCCCUUGGACGUCUCCAGCUGCUGCUGAGCCAACUGCUGCCGCUCCUGGACCAGAAGGACCUGCUGCCUCCCCAGCGCCAGCCCCCGCUCAGCCACAGGGACCCAAGGGCGGUGCCGGGAAUGGCGGUGCUCCAUCCUAUCCAGCAGGCACCGGCAAGCCCAUCGCACCUCAAGGCUCUGGUGCUGGCGUGGGCGCUGCCCCAUUCUACCCAGCUGGCAACGCCACCUCUCCCAACGCCUCUCGCAGCAGUCCCAGCAUAGUUUACGUCACCCCCGUCUCGGCCGCCUCCACGAUUCCUGGUGUUCCUCCUCCAGAGAACACCGAGACCGUCGUGCCAAUCCCAUCGGCAUCUGCAACUGGCGCGCCCUCUGGCCCCGCGGCCUAUACCGGCGCCGCCAAUGUCAACUCGUUCAGUCUCCUUGCUAUCGUUAUCAUUAGCGCUGCAGCAGCCUUCAUGAUGUAG